GGGAGAAUAUAUUUAGUAGCACCCAAUUACUAGCCAUUGACUUGAAAACAAAAACCACGCUCCUGGCACUAGGUAGUGUAGCCAUUCCUAGCCAUAGCCGUAAAUUUCGGGGCUGUAUGUCCACACCCUAACUCUCGGAUACAAUUGCUCUUAGAUGUAAGACAUCGUCUAGCCGUUGGGCUAAUCCACUCUAUAGUCUAGACAGGAGAGACGCCCCAAAUCUCAGCUCUCAAUAUCUUCGCUGUGAUAUAUUAUACCUAUCGUCUAUUUCACUCGUCCCAAGCAACUACCCAUCUUCACUAGCAAUUACUUAUAGUAGCUUCACAGAUUUCAUAUCAAAAGCUUAAACACAUCCAGCUAUUGUCCAACACUUAUCUCAUGAUGGGGUUUCUCUCAACACUUAAGUAUCGGCGGCCGGCAUAUGUAAAUAAGAAACAAUUUCUAUCAAGCAGACAAGAAAGUGAAAGCAGUGAUGCCUCGCUGAAGUCGGGCCAGCUAGGCUCUUCAUCCGGUAUUCCUGAAGCCCUCACCUUCGACAGGAUCAUAAGCGGCGGAACUUGUCCGCCAUGUACCGUCCGUGACUUUAUGAAUUACCUACUCUACAUCGAGCACUCGGCCGAGAACCUACAGUUCUUCCUUUGGUACCGCGACUACACAAAGCGGUUUGACGAAGCCGAUACUUUAGACGCUAAACUCUCUCCAGAAUGGACACAAGCAAUGGAGGAUGAGUCGACCGUCAAGAUCCGGAAGGACGCCGUGGAGAAAAUGAGACGAGAGCCGAAAGCAGUCUCCAUUUUCAAGGGGACUGAUUUUGAGAAAGGGGCAGUAGACGUAGUAAUAGAAAAUGGAGACCCCUUUUUGACACCCCCUUCUACACCAAAUACGAAGAUAGCCCCUUCCUUGCUAUCGGGUUCUCAAGCCUCUAGCUACCGUUCGCAGUCUCGAGAUGCUUUUAGUGCUGCUAGUGCAACACAGCCAUUCACCAUCCAACCCUUCAGAGCCGAGAUCGACCGCGUAAUCGCGACCUACAUCGCAGAAGACGCCCCGCGGCAACUAAAUCUUUCAAGCCGGGAACAAAAAGGCGUCAUCCAAGCCCUCGCAUACACAACGCAUCCAUCGGCAUUCCGGACCAUCGCCCGAAGCAUAGAGGCCACGCUCCGCCGCCAAGCGCACCCGAACUUCAUCCGCUGGACCAUCUGCAACGGCAACCCGGCACGAGUAACCUUCGCCCUCAGCCUAGGCGUCGGCACCAUCCUCAGCGCUACAGCAGGCGCCAUAGUCCUCACCCUGAGUUCCGCAGCGCGAGGCUGGCGCGCUCUCUUCGCCAUCGGCUGGGUCCUGGGCAUCGCGACGCUGAUCGCGGCGCGGAAGGGCAUGUGCGUGGUCCUACACGGGCUACACCACCGACAGGUGCGGCCGUGGGAGCUCUUCUUCGACUCCGCCACGUCGUUGUGCGAUGAGUCUGAGUCUGAGCCUGAGCUGGGCGGUCAGAGGGGUAGUAGAGACGCUAAGGGAAACAACAAUAACAAUAACAGCUUCGACUCGUUUGGCUCUGAUAGUAAUAGCUACGAGGACGAGCCGUGGGUGGUGCGGUACGAGCGCCGCGGACUGCUGCGAAAGGUGUUUGAUCGCGAGGUGUGGAUCCGGGAGCCGGCGCUUAGGCGGAUACAGGACGUCAUUUUUGUGCAGGCGUUGCUGGGUGCGCUGGUGGGUGCUGGCUUGCUGACGGGUGUGUUUGUGAGUUUGCCUGCUGGGAGGUUCUUCUGAGGAGUUGAAUGAGGGAUGAGAGGAUGAGAGGUACAUGGUUUGAUAUGCUUGGUAGGUACCUUAGGUAAA